UUGCGGACGUGGCGUCGGCGCACACCCCGGAAGCUGGGGACGUUGGCGGUCGCGGCCACCCCCGUGGUGGACCAGGACAGCCGGACGCUGGGGCUCAGCCAUGAAUUUGUCCCGGACAGCAGCGGCGGCCUCGAACCUGGUAUCCAUGUCUUUGCCGCGCCCCCCCUGCUAACGGAUCUGAUUUUAACAUGGCAGGAAGACAUCAGAAUCGUAUUUCUCUCCCAGCAGUUCAGUCAAGUGCUCAAGUACAUGCUUUUGGAAAUUGCAUAGACAGUGAUAUGCUAGACGAGGAUGCUGAAGUGUAUGAGCUUCGAUCCAGAGGAAAAGAGAAAGUUCGAAGAAGUACAUCAAGAGAUAGACUUGAUGACAUUAUUGUGUUAACAAAAGAUAUACAGGAAGGAGACACUUUAAAUGCCAUAGCCCUUCAGUACUGUUGCACAGUAGCAGAUAUAAAGAGAGUAAACAAUCUCAUCAGUGAUCAAGAUUUCUUUGCCCUUAGGUCUAUCAAAAUUCCAGUUAAGAAGUUUAGUUCAUUGACUGAAACAUUGUAUACUCCAAAAGGAAGACCGGCUUCCCGUCCUUAUGUUCAAUAUGCUCCUGAACCACAGGAAAUUUUGCCAGCUGAUUCUCUCUCUUCCAGUGACUCAGCUGGCAGCUUUUUAAAAGAAGUAGACCGAGACAUAGAACAAAUAGUGAAGUGUACAGACACCAAGAAAGAGAACCUUAAUGAGGUAGUAUCUGCUUUGACAGCACAACAAGUCCGUUUUGAACGCGAUAACAAAACCACACAACGCAAGGAUCCCUACUAUGGAGCGGAUUGGGGAAUAGGUUGGUGGACAGCUGUAGUGAUAAUGUUGAUAGUUGGUAUUAUAACACCAGUAUUUUACUUGCUGUACUAUGAAAUUUUAGCUAAAGUAGAUGUUAGUCAUCAUUCAACGGUGGACUCUUCUUCACAUUUGCAUUCUGCAGUCACACCUCCAUCACAGGAUAGGGAAAUGGAAAAUGUAAUUGUUCCAACCAAAAGAGUACAUAUUGACCAACAAGACGACCAUAAACUGUAUAGCCAAGAUUCUCAGUUGCCUGUUGCUCAACACAAAACAUAGCACUUAGCUCACAAUCACUGUGUUAAUGAUCACAUACAUCUGGAAUGUGUUGAAUUAGUUAUACCCAGUAACCACUUAAGAUGCAGAAUUUGGGGAGAUUGAGGUGCUUUUCUUACCUUCCUAAAACUUUUGAGCCAUUUAAAAGGACUGUGUUAUCAAAUCGCUACAGUUGAAAUUGCUUUUAGUGAGCAGGCAGUCCAUCUGUUAAUAAGAACUUAAAAUAUGAAUUUAAAUGUGUUUAGGAAAUUCUUGGAAUAUUGUAUCAGUUUCAUUACUCAAGACUACUUAUGUUUAAAUUUUAUCUUUUAAGUCAUUAUUUUGGAUUAAGUUUGUGUUAAAUUUGUGAAAUAUAAUGAUAGUCUCUGAUGUCUGCAGCUAAAGAAAAUUAUCUACUGUGACCCACCAAAAAAUUUAGUUGCCAAAACUAUGAUUCUAAAAUUAUUUGAUAGCAAGUAAAAACUCAUAUUUGAAAUUUUAAAAACAUACUUCUGUAGCAUAUGUACUAUGAAAUCAUAAAUAGAAACAAAUGGAAACAUAAUGUGUAAUUUAUGUAACAAGAAACUAGGACAUUGAUUAAAUAUUUUGAAGGCCCCAAAAUACUGUGCUGUGGUUGGCAGUUGCCAUUUGGAGAUAAGAACACUGGAAUAGGUAAGAUCUAAAAAUUUUUUGUCUCUUAAAAAAUGCUUUAAGACAGACUUUUUAACCUCAUCUGUUUCUGUUUUAAAAUGAUACUUGUCUCUGGUAUUUCAAAGUACUUUGUUAGUUCCUUGGUGAAAAGUGACAUACAUACACAGAUUAGCAUUCUUACAUACUGUGAUAAUGCCUUAAUUAUAUUUAAUGCCUUAUAUUAGUUUAUGUAAGUUUAUAACCACUUUAAAAUGAAAAAUAAGAGUAUAGAUGGUCCAACCAGAUUCAUAGGCGGUCAUUACAUAAAGCUGUGUAAAUUUAUCUCUACUUUCUCUUGAAAGCACAAGUUAAUGGGGUUUCUGCCUCUGGUGUCUGGCAGGAAAUAUUAACAUUUUUUCCCCUAAUAGUAUAAAACUGACGAAUAGACACGAGAGGUGUAAAGAUAGAAUGAAUGCUUCGUAGUUCUGUGGAUCAGCCACAGUCUGGUUAAAUAAGAAUUUGUAUACCGGUUCCCUCUUUUUUUAAUGUGUGUUUUUAAAAUAUAGCUAAAGUGAUUCAAAAUGAGAUUUGAUGAGUCUGGAUUGCCUGUUUUUGUAUAAUAAAGUAUACCUUAAGAUAUAUAAUGCCAUCUCAUUUUCUGGGCAUUAUAUCCUAACAUUUAAUGUUUCUCCCUUUUGAUCAGUCCUUUUAUAUCUCAACUGCCAAUUUUUAUACAGUUAUGUGCAUAAAUAUUUAUGGUAAUUAGGGUUUUAUAUACUUUCAAGAGGAAAGCCCGGGAAAGGAACAGGAGAAAGAAAUUACUUUUAAUAUCUGGUAUGUAUCAGAAAAUU